UCCACCGUGGGAAUUCUGCCUCUUCCGUCGGGUCGUCAUCAGGCUUCUCCGCUGCUUCGGGUUCUUCCCAAGGUUCUGAGAAGUCGAUCAGAAGGCUUCUCUGCUGCUUCCGGUUCUUCAGAAGGCUCUGGAAGUGAAUCAGCAAGCUACUCUGCUGCUUCCGGUUCUUCCCAAGGUUCUGGAAGUCGAUCAGAAGGCUUCUCUGCUGCUUCCGGUUCUUCAGAAGGCUCUGGAAGUGAAUCAGCAGGCUACUCUGCUGCUUCCGGUUCUUCACAAGGGUCUGGAAGUCGAUCAACAGGCUUCUCUGCUGCUACCGGUUCUUCGAAAAGUUCUGGAAGUGACUCAACAGAAUUCACUGUUUCCCGAGGAUCUGGAAGUGGAUCGACUGACUCUUCUACUUCCAGUGGAACCAUAAGUGAAUCAGUAGGUUUCUCCACAGCUUCCGGGGGUUCUGGAAGUGGUUCGGCAAGCUUCUCUUCCGGAAACAAAUUGUCAGGUCCCACGACUUCUCAAAAAGUAUCUCUUAACCUCCAGGGUGGCGUUCCUCGUAGAGCUGGCCCUUCAGCCACUGGUGUUUCAGCCACAGCUAAAGGCUCGGGUUCCAGCUCUAGGCUCUCUUCGCCAACUGGAUCAGGCUCUGGGUCAUCUUCAGAUCAGGUAGACGAUGUGCCAGGGAUCCUGGAUGGUCAAGGAGUUCCUGAGGUUGUUACUCCUGGCCAAGUUGCCUUGUCCAGCGAGUCUAGCGAUCAUGAGAGCGGGUCGUCCAGCAUUUCAAGAAUAUCUGAUGCUUUCCCCGACUCUGGUAAUGAAUUUUCAGCAUCUAAGCUUUCAUCCGCCUCCUCGACUGGACCAGGCUCCAGCACUAGGCUCUCGUCCACUACUUCAGCAGGAUCAGGCUCUUUUUCAAGGUUCUCAUCAACUGGAUCGGGCUCUGGUUCAACUCUCCCGGCUACCUCUGCCACUAGAUCAGGUGGUAGCUCCGGGUUAGCUUCCAUCCCAUCAGCUUCCAGGACAUCUGGUCAAGAGACUGGAAAAGUAGCAGUGAUCCUAGCUGGUCACGGUACCCCUGCUGGAAGUAUUCGUGGUCAGGCUACUUCUGGAGCUUCUAGCCAUUCUGGAACGGGAUCAGCCAGUUCCUCCACCUUGUCUGGUGCUUCUUCUGGCUCUGGCAGUAGAUUUUCCACCUCAAGGUUGUCAUCUCCUUCGCCACCUACAUCAGACUCUAGCUCCCUCCACACCACGUCAGCUGGAUCAGGCUCAGUUUCCAGGCUCUCGUCCACUUCUCCAAGUGGAUCAGGCUCUAGAUCGAGGCUCUCAUCUGUCUCUUCAACUGGACUAGGUUCCAGAUCGUCUGGAGGAGUAGCAGUGGUUUUGGCUGGAAGAGCCCCUGGUCAGGCUGCCGUCUCCAGUGCCUCCAUUGAUUCUGGAAGCCGAUCAUCCAGUUCCGCUACUUCUAACAAAAUUAAUACUGGAUUUUCUACCUCUAGGUUUUCAUCCAUAUCUUCAACUGGAUCAGGCUCUAGCUCCUUCGCCACUACUUCAUCUGGAUCCGGUUCCAGGUUCUCAUCCACUUCUACAAUUGGAUCAAGACCGGACUCAAAGUUCUCGUCUAUUUCUUCAACUGGUUCCAACUCUGGGUUAUCAUCAGGUCAAGCCAGUAAAGGUGAAGCACCAAGCCGCCAGGAUGGCCAGAGUUUUCCUGCUGUAAGUACCCAUGGUCCAGCGGCCUUCAGUACUUCCAGCAAUGCUGGACAUAAAUUAUCUAAUUCCUCCAUCUCUGAUCCAUCCACCUCCAGGUUUUCAUCCAUCUCUUCAGCCGAAUCAGGCUUAAGCUCAUCUGGUCAGUUCGAUGGAGGAGUGGCAGUAGUUCUGGCUGGCCAGGGUGCUACUGUUGGAGGUAUUCCUAGUCAGGCAUCCACCUCCGGUGCUGCUACUGCUUCUAGAAGUGGAUCCACUGGUUUUUCCACCUCUGAUACUUCUGCCGGCUCUGAAAAGAAAUUUUCCACAUCUGCGUUCUCCUCCAAAACUUCAACCGGAUUAAGUUCCGGUUCUAAAUUUUCAACCGCUUCAACUGGAUCUGACUCUGGAUCAUCUCUCAGGUCACUGGAGGGGCAGCUGUGGCCAGCCAAGCUGCACAACUUGGAGGGGUUCAAGGACAAGCCUCACAACAUGGAGGGGUUCGAGAACAAGCCUCACAACAUGGAGGGGUUCAAGGACAAGCUGCACAACAUGGAGGGGUUCGAGAACAAGCCUCACAACAUGGAGGGGUUCAAGGACAAGCUGCACAACAUGGAGGGGUUCGAGAACAAGCCUCACAACAUGGAGGGGUUCGAGAACAAGCCUCACAACAUGGAGGGGUUCGAGAACAAGCCUCACAACAUGGAGGGGUUCAAGGACAAGCUGCACAACUUGGAGGGGUUCGAGAACAAGCCUCACAACAUGGAGGGGUUCGAGAACAAGCCUCACAACAUGGAGGGGUUCGAGAACAAGCCUCACAACUUGGAGGGGUUCGAGAACAAGCUGCACAACUUGGAGGGGUUCGAGAACAAGCCUCACAACAUGGAGGGGUUCGAGAACAAGCCUCACAACUUGGAGGGGUUCAAGGACAAGCUGCACAACUUGGAGGGGUUCAAGGACAAGCUGCACAACUUGGAGGGGUUCAAGACAAGCUGCACAACAUGGAGGGGUUCGAGAACAAUCUGCACAACUUGGAGGGGUUCGAGAACAAUCUGCACAACUUGGAGGGGUUCAAACACAAGCUGCACAACUUGGAGGGGUUCAAGGACAAGCUGCACAACUUGGAGGGCUUCAAGGACAAGUUGCACAACUUGGAGGGGUUCAAGGACAAGCUGCACAACUUGGAGGGGUUCAAGGACAAGCUGCACAACUUGGAGGGGUUCAAGGACAAGCUGCACAACAUGGAGGGGUUCGAGAACAAGCUUCACAACUUGGAGGGGUUCGAGAACAAUCUGCACAACUUGGAGGGGUUCAAGGACAAGCUGCACAACUUGGAGGGGUUCAAGGACAAGCUGUCUUCUCCAGAGAUGCUUCUGCUGGUUCUGGUAAUGAAUAUCCGAUCUCUUCAACUGGAGUAGGCUCUAGCUCCCUCUCCGCUAGUUCCACUAGAUCAGGCUCUGAGUUAGCUUUUGGUCAGGUCCGAUAAUGUGAGUGUGACUGGUCAAAGAACUAGUACUGGAGGUACUCACGGUCAGGCUGCCUUCCCCAAUACUUCCAGUGGUACUGGAAGUGUUCCCUCCACCAUUUCUACUGAUACUUCUGCUGGCUUUGGUAAUGAAUUUUCCACAUCUGAGUUUUCUGCUCCUCUACCUGGAUCAGAAUUAGGCCCAUAUUCCAGAUUUUCAUCCACUUCAGCUGCAUCAAACCCUGGAUCGAGGCUCUCAACCACUUCAACUGCAUUAAGUCAUGACUCGGGACUGUCAUCCACUUCAGCUGCAUCAACCUCUAACUCGGGACUUUCAACUACUUUUACUAGAUCAGAAUCUGGGUCAUCCGGUCAGGUUGCAGAUAGUGUAGCGGUGUUCGUGACUGGCCAAGGUGCGCAAACUGGAGGUUCCCAUGGUCAGGCUUCCUUCUCUGGAGCCUCCAUUAGUACCGGAAGUGGAAUUCCCAGUUCCCCCUCAACUGAUCUUUCUGCUAGCUCUAAUAUAGCUUCUAGUUCUUCAGGUGGAUCUAGUUUGAGCCAUAACUCUUCACCUGGAUUAGUCUCUGGUUCACAACUCCAGUCUUCUUCAGCCGAGUCCAGCUCUGAAUCAAAAUUUUCAUCUGAUUCUUCGACUGGAUUAAGUUCUGGCACAAGGUUCUCGUCCACUUCUUCGGUUGGCGCAAGUGAAUCUGGCUUCGUGCCAUCCGGUCAAGUUGUUGGAGCAGCAUUGAAUCUGGCUAGUGAAGGUGUCCUUGCUGGAGGUACUCCUGGCCAAGCUGCCUUCUCCAGCACUUCCAGUGAAACUGGAAGUGAAUUUUCCAGUCCCACCUCUAGUAACAGCUUUUCCACUUCCAGAUUUACAACUGGAUCAGACUCCGUUUCUAAUGUCCCAUCCAUCUCUACCACUGGAGUAAGUUCCGAUUUCAAGCUCUCAUCGAGUUCAGUUGGUUCAAGUUCCGGAAUUUUAUCCACUUCUCCAACCGUAUCAAGCCCUGAUUCAGUUGAAUCAGGCUCUGGGACCACCUUUGGUCAGGUGAAUGAAGGUGUAUCAGUUACCAUGGUUAGUCAAUCACCUCCUGCUGGAGGUGCUCAUGGUCAGGCUGCUUUCUCCGGUACUUCCAGUGAUUCUGAAAGUGAAUCCUCCAGCUUCUCCACCUCUGAUGCAGCUAUUAAAACUGUCAAGAAAUAUUCCACCUCCAGAUUUCCAUCCGGCUCUUCAACUGGAUCAGAAUCUAACUUACUCUCUACCACUUCGUCUGGAUCGGGCUCUGGUACUUUAGGGCUUGUA